UCCGCUCUUUAGUAUCGCCUCGGCAACAUCAUCAAACGUGCAUAUCAUGAGCGUUCCCGGAAUCAAAUGUUCCCUUGUUACCCUUAUUUUAUUAUGUAAUAUAGUAAUUCAAAAAAUUUUAGCACAAUAUGAACCUCCAACGCCGACUGUGGAACCUCUGCAUCCGAAAGGAUUACGAAUGUCUAUUCCAGAUGAAGAUGGCAUCAGUUUAGUCGCAUAUCAUGUGAAAUUUAACGAAGAUUUCUACGGCCUUGAAGCAGGAACUAUUGCCAGGGAUAUUAUAAAGAAAAAGAAUGGUCGUUGGACAUACGAAGAUAGAACCACAAGACUAAAACGUGGAGACAAACUUUAUUAUUGGAUCCACGUCGUUUACGAUGGUCUCGGUUAUAAUUUAGUUGACCAACAAUAUGAUGUCAAUGACUUUUAUAAUUAUGACGGAACAAUAAUAAAUGGAGGUAACAUUCCCUGUGCGACACCUGCACAGACUCAGAUCUUUAAAACAACGGAAGAACAAACUAUCUGUCGGGGUCAAAUGAUUUUCGAAGAAACUUUCGAUUUUCUUAACACGAAUCGUUGGACCGUUCAGCAACGUUUUGCCAGCGCACCGGAUUACGAAUUUGUCGUGUAUAUGAACAACAACGAUAACGUGGAAGUCAAAGAUGGUAGUUUACAUAUUAGACCAACUUUUACCAACGACAAGUAUGGAGACAAUUACAUUAAGAAUGGAAAUCUGACUUUGGAAAGAUGCACAGCCGAAAAUACUCUUGAUUGUAAACGACAUGGAUCUGGAUGGAAUAUUUUACCACCUAUAAUAUCAGGACGAUUGAAUACUAAGUCAUCCUUCACUUUCCAGUACGGGCACAUUCAAAUUCGAGCUAAAUUCCCUCGCGGCGAUUGGUUAUAUCCUUUAAUCACUUUAGAAAGCACAACUGAAUAUAAGGAAACUUCGGUGCUCUAUUUUGACAUCAUAGUGGCCCAAUCGAACGGAAAUCCAUUCCUCAAGUUACGGGACGGAAGCGAUAUGAGUGGACAUGUCCUACUAGGAGGUGCUCAUGCGACAAAGAUAAAACUUCCUAUAGAGGAUAAUCGAUUAAAUCUUCCAAAGAAAAUAGCGACAGAUUUAUGGUCAGAUAAUUACCACGUGUAUGAUUUAAAAUGGGAAAAAGGUAAAAUAACAAUCAUGGUUGACGGAGAACAGUAUGGCGAACAAACAGUUCCAACAUUGCAUGAUACUCCGGUUUAUAUAAAUAUCGGACUAGUUGUAGGAGGUCGCACUACUUUCCCAGAUGGUUCAGUUAGUGAUAAAUACUCAAAACCCUGGGGAAACGUCGAAGCAAAGGCACUCUACCAUUUUCAUUCAGCAGCAGAUAGCUGGCAGCCAACUUGGACAAACAGUGAUACUGGUCUUCACGUAGACUACAUUAAAGUCUGGGCUGUUUAAUUCUAUUUUUUUACUUCAAUAUAUACAUUUAAUUACUCUUAAACACGAUACACUUUUCUCUGUUCUUCAAAAUAAAAUCAAGCAAUUCAAUCAGUUAUUAUCUCAGACAGCGGACAAGAUCAUCUUCCAGUCUGAAUUCAAAAACAAUAAAAAUAAAUUUUUGUUUGUAAAA